AUGUCGGAGCACGCGGCGCCCGGAGCCCCGGGGCCAGGGCCCAACGGCGGUGGCGGCGGCCCGGCCCCCGCGCGCGGCCCUCGCACCCCCAACCUGAACCCCAAUCCUCUCAUCAACGUACGCGAUCGGCUCUUCCACGCUCUCUUCUUCAAGAUGGCCAUGACCUACUCUCGACUCUUCCCACCCGCCUUCCGCCGCCUUUUCGAGUUCUUCGUAUUGCUCAAGGCUCUGCUGGUGCUCUCUGUCCUGGCCUACAUCCACGUUGCCUUCUCGCGCUCCCCCAUCAACUGCCUGGAGCACGUCCGGGAGCACUGGCCGCGCGAGGGCGUCCUGCGGGUCGAGGUCCAGCACAACUCGAGUCGUGCGCCCGUCUUCAUGCAGUUCUGUGACGGCAGCGCCCACAGCCGCUUCCCGAGCCUGGCCGUGGAGCCGGGUGGGGCGGGCCUGGAGGUGGAGGAGGAGGAAGAGGAGCUGACCAUGGAGAUGUUCGCGAACAGUUCCGUCCAGUUUGAACUGGACAUUGAGCCCAAGGUAUUCAGGCCACUGGCCGGUGCGGAAGCUCUCAAUGACAGCCGGGAGUUCCCCUUCCCUGAGACUCCCACCAAAGCCUGGCCACAGGACGAGUACAUCGUGGAGUACUCACUGGAGUAUGGCUUCCUGCGGCUUUCGCAGGCCACGCGGCAGCGCCUCAGCAUCCCUGUCAUGGUUGUCACACUGGACCCAACGCGGGACCAGUGUUUUGGGGACCGCUUUAGUCGCCUCUUGCUGGACGAGUUCCUGGGAUAUGACGACAUCCUCAUGUCCAGCGUGAAGGGCCUAGCAGAGAAUGAGGAGAACAAGGGCUUCCUGCGGAACGUGGUGUCAGGCGAACACUACCGCUUCGUCAGCAUGUGGAUGGCGCGCACCUCCUACCUGGCGGCCUUCCUCAUCAUGGUCAUCUUUACCCUGAGUGUUUCCAUGCUGCUCCGCUAUUCCCACCACCAGAUCUUCGUCUUCAUCGUGGACCUUCUGCAGAUGCUGGAGAUGAACAUGGCCAUUGCUUUCCCGGCCGCGCCACUCCUGACUGUCAUCCUGGCCCUUGUCGGCAUGGAGGCCAUCAUGUCUGAGUUCUUCAAUGACACCACCACGGCAUUCUACAUCAUCCUCAUUGUGUGGCUGGCAGACCAGUAUGACGCCAUCUGUUGUCACACGAGCACCAGCAAGCGGCACUGGCUCCGGUUCUUCUACUUGUACCACUUUGCCUUCUACGCCUACCACUAUCGCUUCAACGGGCAGUACAGCAGCCUGGCUCUGGUCACCUCCUGGCUCUUCAUUCAGCACUCCAUGGUCUACUUUUUCCAUCACCACGAGCUGCCCGCCAUCCUGCAGCAGAUGCGCAUUCAGGAGCUGCUGCUACACGCGCCCCCGCCAGGCCCCGGCUCCCCCACGGCUCUUCAGGACAGUCUCAACAACAAUGCUACCGGCCCCGGCCACCCUGCUACGCAGCCCGCCGCCCUGGGGCCUAGCUCGCCGGCUGUGGGUGGGGCCCCUGUGGCUGUGGCCCCUAGCUCCUUGGUGGCAGCGGCAGCCUCGGUGGCGGCAGCGGCCGGAGGUGACCUGGGAUGGAUGGCAGAGACAGCGGCCAUCAUCACAGACGCUUCCUUCCUCUCUGGCCUGAGCGCCUCCCUGCUGGAGCGAAGGCCUCCCCCCAUGCCCCUGGCCCCCACACCCCAGGACCUUGUCCCCCAGAAUAACUCCCCAGCACUGGACAUGGAUCCCCUAGCUGCCCAGGAGAGCGAGCCCAGCCCUGCACCCGUGACCACCGAGGAUGCGCCCUUGGAGGCAGGCUCCUGA